GUCCUGGAAGCUUCUGAUCAUCCCAGUGCUGGUGAGGACCAGGGCCAUUACAGAAGUGGUAUUUAAAGGAUUGUUACUUGUGUAGAAACUUGGAAGCAGAGUAAAAUAUGCUAUCUACCUAUCAGCUGGAGCACACUGUGAUAUCAAACACAUUGGCAUUAAAAUUGCCUUAUUCUGAAUAGUUUUAAUUUACACUUUUUUUUUUAAGGACCUUAGCUGGAUGACAGGCUUGUCCUCGGGGCGGGGUGUGCUUGGGGGGCUUCUAGGGGAACCAGCUCUGCUUUUGACUGGGACAGCACAGCGAUGUUGGCAUCCCCUCCCCCUGCGGGUGACGGGUGGCGCUGGCAGCCAGUGGUGGCUGCUGCUAAGAGCAGCCAAGCAUCCGGGAGGGACCUGACGCGGUCUGGGAGGACGGUGAGCAGUACCUGUGGCCCAGCCCCCUGUGGACGGGGAGCCAGAACCCAGGGCGGCCCUGAUGUGGGGCCGGGCUGAAGACCCCGCCACCCAGGGCUGGGCCCUGAUGAGCGUUUAGAAAAUCGGGAGUGGAUGGAAUUUAGGCUGGAGUGGGUGGAGAUCAUCGAGCCGCGCACGCGCGAACGCAUGUACGCCAACCUGGUCACCGGCGAGUGCGUGUGGGACCCGCCGGCCGGCGUGCGCAUCAAGCGGACCAGCGAGAACCAGUGGUGGGAGCUCUUCGACCCCAACACGUCGCGCUUCUACUACUACAAUGCCAGCACCCAGCGCACCGUGUGGCACCGGCCGCAGGACUGCGACAUCAUCCCCCUGGCCAAGCUGCAGACCCUGAAGCAGAACACGGAGUCGCCGCGCGCCUCGGCGGAGAACAGCCCCGGGCGGGGCAGCAGCGUCAGCCGCGAUGGCAGCACCAGCUCGUCCCUGGAACCCGAGCUGGACUCCGGCGACAGGGCACCAGAGCCUGUGGGCCGCGCAAGCCGGCAGCCCGCGCCGGGGAUGGUGAAGGACGAGAGCGGCAGCUCCUCACCGUCAGGAGUGCUCCUUGAGAAGGACUACGAGGUUUACCGGGACUACAGCGUGGACGGCCACCUUCUCCACUGCAGGACCUCCUCUCUCCGCUGGAACUCGGGCACCAAGGAGCGCAUGCUCAUCAAAGUUGCCGACAGGGAGCCCAGCUUCCUCUCCCCCCAGGGCAAUGGCUACGCCCUGGACAGCCAGCCUGGGGGUCGCUCCCGCAGGCCCUCCGGAGGACAGCACUCGCCCAGCCUGCAGACCUUCACCCCUGACGCGGACAGCCCCGUCUUCUUCCCGGAGCGGAGGCCGUCGCCUUUCCCGAAGAGGGCUGAGCUAGGGAGCUGCUCCCCGCUGCUGGCCCAGCCCCGCCGGCCCACUGGAGACUCGCAGCCUUCCUCACCACGCUACGCCUACGAGCCCCCCCUCUAUGAGGAGCCCCCCGUGGAGUACCAGGCCCCGCUCUACGACGAACCCCCCAUGGAUGUGCAGUUUGAGGCCGGCUCGCCCCGGCGGUCUCCUGGCCGCAAGCCACCCAAGGCAGCCUCCGCGUCGCCCUACCAGCAGCUGGUGCUCACCAGGCAGAAGUGCCCAGAGCGCUACCUGAGCCUGGAGUACAGCCCUGCCGGCAAGGAGUACGUGCGGCAGCUGGUGUACGUGGAGCAGGCCAGCUCCAGCCCCAAGCUGCGGGCAGGCCCGCGGCACAAGUACACGCCUCACCCGGGGGGCGGCUCGCUGUCCCUGCAGCCCAGCCCCUGCCUGCUGCGUGACCAGCGCCUGGGGGCCACGUCCUCGCUGGGGGUCGUGUCUGGGGACUAUAGCAGCAUGGAGGGGCCCGAGCUGCGGCCCGCCCCACCGCCCACGCCCCUGCCCCAGGCCCAAGACGAUGCCAUGUCCUGGUCUAGCCAGCAGGACACCAUGUCUUCCACGGGCUACUCCCCCAGCACGCGCAAGAGGAAGAGCAGGAACCCCUCCGUGUGCCAUGCUCCCAGCGCCCCGCCCGCCGAGGGCCCUGGGGACUGCGACCCGCUGGGCCAGCAGCCCCUGACGGAGGAGCGGCCUCUGUGUGGACCCGGCCUGACGCCCAUGAAGCGCACAGAGGGGGAGGCGGGGGACGGGGAGGGCCACCGGGGCCCGGCUGAGCCCUUCCUGGCACAGGCCCGGCUGGCCUGGGAGGCACAGCAAGCCCACCUGCACAUGAAGCAGAGGGGCAGCUGGGACUCGCAGCAGGAUGGCUCGGGCUACGAGAGUGACGGGGCGGUGCCGCUGCCCAUGCCCGGGCCCGUGGUGCGUGCCUUCAGUGAGGAUGAGGCGCUGGCCCAGCAGGAGAGCAAGCACUGGCAGAGGGGUGCCUUGGACAGGCUCGCCUUCCCACAGGUCCUGCUCGAGAAGAGCGUCUCCGUGCAGACCAGCCUGGCCUCCCCGGAGCCCUACCUGCACCCCUCUCAGUCUGAGGACCUUGGCACCUGCGCCCAGUUCGAGAGCAGCCGGCAGGCCCGGAGUGUGAUGCCCAGCGCCAGCUGCGUGUUCCCCACCUUCACUCUCCGCAAGCCAUCCUCGGAGACAGACAUCGAGAACUGGGCCUCCAAGCACUUCAACACCCACACGCAGGGCCUCUUCCGGCGGAAGGUGUCCAUCGCCAACAUGCUGGCCUGGAGCAGCGAGUCCAUCAAGAAGCCCAUGAUCGUGACCAGCGACCGCCACGUGAAGAAAGAGGCCUGUGAGGUCUUCAAGUUGAUUCAGAUGUACAUGGGCGACCGGCGCGCCAAGGCAGACCCGCUGCACGUGGCCCUGGAGAUCGCCACCAAAGGCUGGAGUGUGCAGGGCCUGCGGGACGAGCUCUACAUCCAGCUGUGCCGGCAGACCACCGAGAACUUUCGCCUUGAGAGCCUGGCCCGUGGCUGGGAGCUUAUGGCCAUCUGCCUGGCCUUCUUCCCACCCACGCCCAAGUUCCACUCCUACCUGGAGGGCUACAUCUACCGGCACAUGGACCCUGUCAACGACACCAAAGUGACCCAGCACAUGAAAGCGCUCCUGGAAAGGAACACUAAGAAGAAGUCCAAGUUGAGAAAGAAACCCAAGCCUUAUGUUGAGGAGCCGGAUGGGGUGGCAAUAAGCACAUAUGCCAAGUACUGUUACCACAAGCUGCAGAAGGCAGCCCUAACUGGGGCCAAGAAGGGGCUGAAGAAGCCCAACGUAGAGGAAAUUCGACAUGCCAAGAACGCGGUCUUCAGCCCGUCCAUGUUUGGCAGCGCGCUGCAGGAGGUCAUGAGCAUGCAGAAGGAGCGCUACCCUGAUCGGCAGCUGCCCUGGGUGCAGACCCGACUGUCAGAGGAGGUGCUCGCACUCAACGGCGACCAGACGGAAGGCAUCUUCAGAGUACCUGGGGACAUCGAUGAAGUGAAUGCCCUGAAGCUACAGGUGGACCAGUGGAAGGUACCUACAGGCUUGGAGGACCCCCACGUCCCAGCGUCGCUGCUGAAGCUGUGGUACCGGGAGCUGGAGGAGCCCCUGAUCCCGCACGAGUUCUACGAGCAGUGCAUCGCGCACUACGAGAGCCCGGAGGCUGCCGUGGCCGUGGUGCACGCGCUGCCCCGCAUCAACCGCCUGGUGCUGUGCUACCUCAUCCGCUUCCUCCAGGUGUUCGUGCAGCCUGCCAAUGUGGCCAUCACCAAGAUGGACGUCAGCAACCUGGCCAUGGUGAUGGCGCCCAACUGCCUGCGCUGCCGCUCAGAUGACCCGCGGGUCAUCUUUGAGAACACUCGCAAGGAGAUGUCUUUCCUGCGCGUGCUCAUCCAGCACCUGGACACCAGCUUCAUGGAGGGCGUGCUAUAGCGCGUGGGCACCGAGGGACCGAGGGUGGGGACAGAGCCUGCCCGGGUGCGCCUGGGCAGGGGGGCACGCGGGGAGGGGGGAGGGGAUGCCCCAGUCGCGGAGGUAGCAUGCCGGCUCCGCCCAU